CCGGCUGAAUCAAACUAGGGCAAUUUCCCGCCUUUCUAUUUCUGUCCAAGGCUUCCUCUUCGACGGCGCCGGAAUCGGCGAUGGUGUCAGCUAAGCAACUGCUCUCUAUCAUCGAGUCUACACUCUUAGGCUCCACUCCUCCAUCGCCGUCGCAGAGGAUUGAGCUCAUUCAUGCUAUUCGUCACUCCCUUCCAUCUCUCAAGUCUCUCCUGUCAUUUCCGCCUCCGAAGCCUUCUGACAGAGCACAAGUUGAGUCGAAAGAAGUUAGGCUUCCUGAUUCAGGACCAAUCCCACUCGACGAUCAGGAUGUUCAAAUUGCUCUUAAGCUGAGUGAUGAUCUCCAUCUCAAUGAGAUAGACUGUGUGCGACUGCUUGUUUCUGCCAAUCAAGAGUGGGGAUUACUUGGGCGUGGGCCAUUGGACAUUUUACGUCUUGCAGCGGGGCUUUGGUAUACAGAGAGAAGAGAUUUAAUAACAGCACUUUAUACACUGUUACGGGCAAUUGUGCUUGAUCAGGGACUUGAGGCUGAUCUUCUAGCUGACAUUUUAAAAUAUGUUGAAGAUCUAAUUAAUAAUGGGCUUCGACAACGGCUGAUUUCUCUAAUAAAGGAACUAAAUCGAGAAGAACCAGCUGGUCUUGGUGGGCCUAAUUCUGAGCGCUAUAUUCUCGACCCUAGGGGUGCUCUUGUGGAAAGGCGAGCUGUUGUUUGCAGGGAGAGACUCAUUCUUGGUCACUGUCUUGUUCUAUCGCUGUUGGUUGUACGUGCAAGCCCAAAAGAAGUAAAAGAUGUUUUUACGACUUUGAAAGAUAGUGCAGGGGACAUUGGUGGCUGUACUGACAUUGUAAAGAACCAGAUCACGUACAGUCUUCUUUUUUCUCUUAUAAUUUCAUUGAUAUCAGAUGCUCUGAGUGCAUCACCAGACAAGAUGUCUAUCUUGGCACAGGAUGUUUCAUUUAGGCAUGAUUUCCAGGAAACCGUGAUGGCUAUUGGGAAUGAUCAGAUGAUUGAGGGCUGUAUGCACUGUGUUAGACUUGCAUGGGCUGUGCACUUGAUGAUAAUACAAGAUGUAACUGAUGCAAGGGAGACAACUAAUGAUGUGAGAAAUAUAAGUUCGUGCCUGGAAGUUGUUUUCUCGAGCAACGUUUUCCAGUAUUUGCUCAACACAGUUCUUCGAACACCAGCCUAUCAGAAUGAUGACGAGGAUAUGAUCUACAUGUAUAAUGCGUACUUGCACAAGCUGAUAACAUCCUUUCUGUCUCAUCCACUUGCUAGGGACAAGGUGAAAGAAACAAAGGAGAAGGCUAUGACUGCUCUUAGUCCGUACAAAAUGUCUGGUUCACAUGAUUAUGUUCUGGAUGGUAACAUGCAAUCUCAGCAAACUACUGAAUCUGCCCCCCAAACUUUUGUCUCUCUCCUGGAGUUUGUUAGUGAAAUCUAUGAGAAAGAACCUGAACUAUUAUCUGGCAAUGAUGUCCUGUGGACAUUUGUAAAGUUUGCUGGAGAGGAUCACACUAAUUUUCAGACACUUGUGGCAUUUUUGAAGAUGCUUAGUACGUUGGCUUCAAGUGAGGAGGGUGCUUCCAAAGUGUACGAGUUACUGCAGGGCAGAACGUUUCGCUCUAUUUCCUGGAGCACUUUGUUUGAUUGCUUAUCUAUUUAUGAGGAGAAGUUCAAGCAAUCCCUUCAAAGUGCAGGGCCAAUAUUACCGGAGUUUCAAGAGGGAGAUGCAAAAGCUCUUGUUGCUUAUCUAUCUGUUCUUCGAAAGGUUGUCGAGAAUGGGAACCCUAUUGAAAGAAAGGCAUGGUUUCCUGAUAUUGAGCCGUUAUUUAAACUUCUUAGUUAUGAAAAUGUGCCUCCUUAUCUUAAGGGUGCUUUGCGUAAUUCGAUAUCAACUUUCAUUCAUGUUUCUCCAAACUUGAAAGACACUAUUUGGGGUUUCCUUGAGCAGUAUGAUUUACCAGUAGUCGUUGGACCUCAAGUUGGGCAUGGUACACAAAUGAUGGCCUCUCAGGUUUAUGAUAUGAGGUUUGAGUUAAAUGAAGUAGAAGCAAGAAGUGAGCAUUACCCAUCCACAAUCUCAUUCCUAAAUCUGUUAAAUGCUCUUAUUGCUGAAGAAAGGGAUGCAGCUGAUAGAGGACGUAGGUUUAUAGGCAUCUUCAGGUUCAUAUAUGAUCAUGUGUUUGGGCCAUUUCCCCAAAGGGCCUAUGCAGAUUCUUCUGAGAAAUGGCAAUUAGUUGUUGCAUGUCUCCAACAUUUUCAAAUGAUAUUGAGUAUGUAUGACAUAAAAGAUGAAGAUAUUGACGUUGUGGUCAGUCAGUCUCAGCUGUCGGCACCACAAUCAACUCCACUGCAGUUGCAGCUUCCUGUCAUAGAAUUGCUCAAAGACUUCAUGAGUGGGAAGACUGUGUUUCGAAAUAUUAUGGGUAUUCUUUUGCCUGGAGUGGAUGCUAUAAUUGCUGACCGGACCAAUCAUACUUAUGGUUUACUUCUAGAAAAAGCUGUGCUCCUAUCUCUGGAAAUUAUAAUCCUUGUCUUGGAGAAGGAUUUAUCAGUUUCUGAUUUUUGGCGUCCCCUAUACCAGCCUUUCGAUGUUAUACUUUCUCAAGAUCAUAAUCAGAUUGUAGCUCUUUUGGAAUACAUCAGAUAUGAUUUUCUUCCGCAAAUUCAACUACGUUCCAUAAAAAUAAUGAGCAUCUUAAGUUCUCGCAUGGUUGGCCUUGUUCCGUUGCUACUAAAAUCCAAUUCUGUUAGUCUUCUGGUUGAAGAUUAUGCUGCUUGUCUGGAGCUAAGAUCUGAAGGGUGUCAAGUUAUAGAAAACAGCUGUGAUGAUCCGGGCGUGCUUAUAAUGCAACUUCUCAUUGAUAACAUUGGUCGCCCAGCCCCCAAUAUAACACAUUUCUUGCUGAAGUUUGACCUCGAUUCCCCUGUAGAGAGGACAGUGUUACAGCCAAAAUUCAACUACAGUUGUUUGAAGGUUGUACUUGAUAUUCUGGAAAUGCUACCAAAGCCUGAUGUCAAUGCAUUGCUUCAUGAAUUCGGAUUUCAGCUGCUUUACGAAUUAUGUUCGGAUCCACUCACAUGUGGCCCAACCAUUGAUCUUCUUAGUACCAAGAAGUAUCGAUUUUUUGUCAAGCAUCUGGAUAACAUUGGUGUUGCACCACUACCAAAAAGAAAUAGCACUCAGCCACUUCGAAUCAGCUCUCUGCAUCAGAGAGCGUGGCUGUUGAAGCUUUUAGCACUUGAAUUGCAUGUUGGCAAUGCAACAUCUUCCAGCCACCGAGAAGUGUGUCACAGCAUUGUUGGUCAUUUGUUUGGGCGAGGUGAAACCGAAUAUGACAGUGAUAAUAAAAUUCUUCACCCCCUCCUUCAGAGUAGUCCUGAAGAUACUGCAAGCAGAGCCAUUGGCAGGUGUAAGGUAUUAGAAUUGCUUGAAAUAAUCCAGUUCAGAUCUCCAGAUACAACGGUGAAGCAUUCUGAAGUUCUUUCUCACAUAAAAUUUGGACCAGUGGCCGACGAUAUACUCGGGAAUCCAGCAACAUAUGAAAAGGGAGGUGUUUAUUACUACUCGGAACGAGGGGAUCGGUUGAUUGACCUAAAUGCUUUCCGAGACACUCUUUGGCAGAAAUGCAAUCUUGACAAUCCACAGCUGAGUUCCUUUGGCAGUGAAGUUGAACUGACCGAAGUGAGAAAUAACGUUCAGCAAUUACUGCGAUGGGCUUGGAAACACAACAAGAACCUUGAAGAGCAGGCUGCUCAACUCCAUAUGUUGACAGGAUGGUCACAAAUUGUUGAGGUUUCAGCUUCAAGAAGGAUAUCCUUAAUGGAAAAUCGAUCUGAAAUAUUGUUUCUGUUGCUUGACACAUCUUUAAAUGCUUCUAGUUCUCCAGAUUGUUCGUUAAAGAUGGCGGUGAUGUUAACUCAGGUUUCAAUUACAUGCAUGGCAAAACUGCGCGAUGAGAGGUUUGUCAGCCCAAGUGUCUUGAAUUCUGACACAGUCACAUGUCUUGAUGUGAUUAUGACAAAGCGACUGUCAAAUGGUGCAUGUCACUCUAUCCUUUUUAAGAUUAUGAUGGCAAUUCUGAGACAUGAUACUUCAGAAGCAUUGAGGAGACGCCAAUACACAUUGCUUCUAAGCUACUUCCAGUACUGUCAGCACAUACUGGAUCCAGACGUUCCUACUACUGUCCUGCAAUCGUUGUUGAUAGAUGAGCAAGAUAGUGGAGAUUUGGAUCUUGAGAAGAUUGACCAGGAUCAGGCCGAACUGGCCCAUGCAAACUUAUCUAUCCUAAGAAAAGAAGCUCAGUCAAUUUUAGAUUUGGCUAUUAAAGAUGCAACUCAAGGCAGUGAAUCGGGAAAGAUAAUGGCCCUCUUUGUUCUGGAUGCGAUGAUUUGUAUUGACCAUGAAAAGUUUUUCUUAGGUCAGCUUCAAAGCAGAGGCUUUCUGAGGUCUUGCCUCAUGAACAUCAGCAAUGUUUCAUAUCAGGAUAACAUGCAUUCUAUAGAUCCAUUACAACGCUUGUGUGCUCUUGAGGCAGAACUUGCUUUGCUAUUGAGAAUUAGCCACAAGUAUGGUAAAUCAGGGGCUCAGAUUCUUUUCUCUAUGGGUGCAUUUGAGCAUAUUGCUUCAUGCAUGACACACAACAUGCACAUCAAGGGGAACCUAAGACGUUUCGACACUAGUUUCGGGAAAGAUUCAUUUGCCGAUGUUCACAGACAAAGAAUGAUUAUAUCUCCAUUAUUGCGAUUGGUGUUCUCUUUGACUUCAUUGGUUGAAUCAUCGGACUUUUUUGAGGUGAAGAAUAAAGUUGUUCGUGAAGUGAUAGACUUUGUCAAAGGUCAUCAACUACUUUUCGAUCAAGUUCUUCACCAAGAUGUUUCUGAUGCUGAUGAAUUGGCAAUGGAACAGAUUAACCUUGUUGUUGGUAUACUUAGCAAGGUUUGGCCAUACGAGGAAGGUGCUGAGUACGGUUUUGUUCAAGGACUUUUUGGAUUGAUGCACACUCUUUUUUCACGUGAUUCAACAUUUCUUUCUUCAGCUCAAUCAGAUUUUCAGAAACAGAGGAAGUCUGAAUUGAGUGCAUUUCGUCUGUGCUUUAGCCUGAGCUCUUAUCUCUACUUUCUUGUUAAAAAGAAAUCAUUGAGACUUCAGGUUUCCAACAAUUCAACUGAUUAUAGUGCAUUGGUGGGACAGCAGCAACCGACGUUAAGUUUGCUUGGUUAUCUUCUUAACUCCGUGACCACUGCUCUUGAAAAUGCCGCCGAGGAAAAAUCUAUAUUGCUUAACAAGAUUCAAGACAUAAACGAACUACCGCGCCAAGAGGUGGAUGAAAUUAUUAACAUGUGUGUUCUUGAAGAUCAAGUUGCUUCAUCAGACAAUAUUCAAAAAAGGAGGUACAUUACGAUGGUGGAAAUGUGCCGGAUUGCUGGAAAUAGGGAUCGGCUUAUCACGCUGGUGCUUCUGCUUGCAGAGAACUUGUUGAACAUUUUUCUCAUCCAUUUCCAAAACAGUUCAUCAUCAUCAUCAUCUGAAUCUGGUGAAGCUGUAAAAGCACUUACAUAUGGUUCAAAGGAAGAAGCUGUAGAAGACCUAGAUUCAUUUUGUUCAAAGCUUGUUCCAAUUUUGGAAAGACUUGAAGUGCUAAGGGAGGAUAAAGUUGGUCAUAACCUGAAAGUGUUCCAGAGAUUAGCAAGUUCUCUCAAGGAACUCAGUAUUCAAAAGUUAACACUCUGAGUCUUUAUGAUCCUUUUAUGGAUGUUGAAUUGUUGUAUGUAUUAGUAUUAAGCUACUGAAAUUUUGUAUUAAGUUUAGGUCCUUGAUAGGCUUCAAUCUUUUCAUAGGUUUGUAUACGUCAACGCUUGAGUUUGCUUUGCAGAAGUAUUUGUUGGUAGAAAACAUGAUGUUCGGUAUUAGGUUUUUUGGUGAUUUAUUUCCCGUUACAUGUGUUGAUUUAAUUAUCAGUGUAGGAUGUUGAUACCACAGCAAAAUAUUGGCUAAUUUCACUAGUAUUGGAAAAU